CUUUUCUACUAGUAACAAGUGUUGCUGUAUGAAACUGUUGGCAUUUUAGCUUUAUGCAGAUUUUUCUGCUCUGCUUUCCGUAUAUUCUAGACCUAAUUCCGUAUUCUUGUUCCUGGUAUAAAGAGAAAUUGCCAAAUUGGUCCAUCUAAUAUAAGUCGCCUUAUCAGAAAGAGACAUGAUAAGUAGAUCAACUUUAGUGAAGAUUGUACUUGUUUUUCUAGUAGUGCAAGUGCUGCUUUAUGAAAUUGGUGCAUUCUCAGCUUUAUUUAAAAAGCCGCGUAGUACAAACCGGGAUAUUGAAUUCGAGAAGUCUAACUGGUACGACGACACUGAGGACACUGCUGGGACUGAGAACACUAUAGCUAGCAAGGCUAACAACACUAGCUUCAGCAAACCACAGAGUACAAACCAAGAUUAUGAUUCCAAGAAGUCUAACUUGCAUGAGACUACGAACACUGGUUGGACUAAGAACACUGGCAUUAGCAAAGUUAAAACUCAUAAAGUUGUUAGUUCUAGAGAAUUUGAUGACAAAUUGUUGCAUCCAAAGAAACAAACUGAACUAUGGAUCAGAAUAUCAGGAGCCUUUAUAGUGAGGAGAGUUGGGUAUUUGGAUUUAAGAGACAAAGGAAGUGUAAAGAUUCAUUUAAUUGGAAUGAAAGAUAGAGCUACUGCAGAUCCACACAUUUACAUGAGGCUGUACUAUAAAGACACUAGUAAGAAGGGACCAUCAAACUGUCAGACAACUGAGCUUGAAAAUUAUUCACAAUCUGGAAUGGAUGACUUUAAGAGGCACUAG